AUCAUAUAUAUUUCAUUUUCUUUUAGUCUCUUUAGUUUUGUUUCGAUUUUAUUGAGUAACUUUUCGUCACAAAUUGUGAAUUUUUUGUUAGCCUGAAAUGGAGGGAACAUCUGUUGUUCCACCAAAUCGGCCACCCAACAGCGGGAAGCUGAUUACAAUCCUUAGUAUUGAUGGAGGAGGAAUCAGAGGAAUCAUCCCUGCUGUCAUCCUUUCUUAUCUAGAGUCUCAGCUUCAGGAAUUAGAUGGUGAGGAUGCAAGGAUUGCAGACUACUUUGAUGUGAUUGCAGGAACAGGAAGUGGUGGUCUGAUGACAGCAUUGUUGACUGCUCCUAACCAAAACAGACGCCCUCUCAAUGCUGCAAAGGAUAUAAUUCCAUUCUACCUCUACCACUAUCCCUAUAUUUUUCAGCAGAUUAAAGGGCCAUUCGGUAAGGUCAUAGAUCAAGGGAAAGCCUUAACGGGGCCUAAAUAUGAUGGCAAGUAUUUUCGCAAACUUAUAAUGCAUGUGUUGGGAGGCACAAGGUUGCACCAAACAUUGACCAAUGUGGUUAUUCCUACUUUCGAUAUCAAGAAUCUUGAACCAAUCAUCUUCAACUCAUACGAGGCACUACAAGGUUCCAUCUUGGAUGCAAAACUCUCGGACAUAUGCAUUGGUACAACGGCUACACCAACCCAUAUGCCACCAUACUAUUUCAAGAACAAGGAUGUUCAAGGAAGGCAACGAGAGUUCAACCUCGUUGAUGGAACUAUUGUAGCUAAUAACCCGACAUUACUUGCUGUCAAUGAAGUGACUAAGCAAGUGCUGAAGGGACACCCAGAUUUUUACCCUGCAAAGCCUUUGGAAUUCGACCGCUAUCUCAUAAUAUCUAUUGGGACAGGCUCUGCAAAGAAUGAACACAAGUACAGUUCUAGAACUGUGGCAAAGUGGGGGAUGUUUGACUGGCUGUUCAAUGGGAGCUCUACUCCAUUAAUGGAGGCUUUUCAUCAAGCUAGUGGAGCUACGGUUGAUCUUCAGAGCUCUGUUCUCUUCAAAGCUCUUCAAUCAGAAGAUAAAUACAUCCGAAUCCAAGAUAAUACACUGACUGGGGCUUUGUCCUCUAUGGAUGAAGCAACUAAGGAGAAUUUGGGAAAUCUUAUCAGGGUUGGAGAGAAUCUAUUGAGAAAACCCGUUUUCAAGGUUGAUCUAAAUACUGGAGAAUAUAAACCAGUGAAUAACGGAGAAACCAACAUGGAAGCACUUCAAAAGUUUGCAAAACUUCUUUCGGAUGAAAGGAAACUGCGGCUUUCACAAUUGUCUCUUCCUUUGAGUGAUUAUGUACCCUUCUAGUUAAGGAGUACUGCAAAAUGUAAGAAAUCUGUGUAAGAAAAGCCUUCAAUCAAUAAUGGCAACCUUUACAGGAGCCAAACUUUA